AUGUACGGAGUACAAGUAAUCCUAUCUUGGAUGGAGUCUAUUAACCUCCAGCUCAUGGGGGGCGACAGCGACUUAAAUGACUUUAAUUUCGAUGGACUCUGGUUCUCGCCGCAGAAAAAGAAUCGGGAGUUUCCCACCUGUUCCAUAUACGAGUCCCCCAACCUGCAAUGUGUCGUACAAGUGGGUUUCGGCACUGUAUCGUUCACUUUCGCUCUUUUGGAGGCAUUUGCGGUGCCCACUUUGUCUGCCGCCGGCGAAGCGCAUGAAGCUAGCAGAAUGCUCGAAUGUCCGCGGCAUCCAUCCAGGUGCUUUUCGGUUUUCGGUCCUUUCCCAAGCUUCUUGGCCAUCUUUGCCCACUGCAUCCCCUCCUCCCCUCCCAACGCCCCUCCCAACGGAACAGACGCAGCCGCAGCCAUGGCAGACGACACGACAAGCGUGCGCCAGCGCAAGCCGGUGCAGGAAGUCGAGGAUGAGGACAACUUGUUCGCAGGCACCCCAGCCGAGAACUCGCGGGGGAAGAAGAGCAAGAAGUCCAAAAAGGCCAAAGGCGAGACGGAGGAGUACAGCCCCUACCUCGACAUCCUCCGCGUGCUGAGCUUCCUCUUCCUCGCCUCGUGCGCCCUGAGCUACCUGCAGAGCAGUGGCGAGAGUUUCUUCUGGGGUCACAAGAACAAGCCCUGGUACAUGAGGCCCAGCUACUGGAAAGCUAAAUGGAACGGACCCCUCUACCUCACCCCCGAGGAGCUCCUCCAGUACGACGGCUCCGACCCCGAGAAGCCCAUCUACCUCGCCAUCAACCACACAAUCUUUGACGUCUCGGCGAACCCGCGCAUCUACGGCCCGGGCGGCUCCUAUAACGUCUUCGCCGGCCGCGACGCCUCGCGCGGCUUCGUCACGGGCUGCUUCAUGGAGGACCGCACCCCGGACAUGCGCGGCGUCGAGGAGAUGUUCCUGCCGCUCGACGACCCCGAGGUCGACCGCCACUGGUCCUACGACGACAUGCAGAGGCUGCGCGAGGAGGAGCUCGCCGCCGCCCGCGCCCGGGUCCACGAGGCGCUGAAGCACUGGGUCGACUUCUUCACCAACAGCGACAAGUACGGCGUGGUCGGCAAGGUGAAGCGGGACCCCGAUUGGCUCGCCAAGGAGAAGGAGAAGAAGCUCUGCGCCCAGGCGCAAAAGGCGAGGGUCAAGAGGAAGGUGCCCGGACAGGAGGGCCAGAACUAAAGAGAGGCCGCGGGGGGGUUGAGCUCGCGCGUUGGACUCUGAACGUCGGCCCCCCCGCGUCAUCAAUUAGGAAUAGGGAAUGUUGCUCUAGGUGUGCUCCGAGCAUACCUGACCUACUGUCUGUCACCUUGCAAGAGUGCAUUUACCUCAUCCCGUAUGUGACCAACUCUUCUGGCCGGGUCUUUAUGAUUGUGAUCCCUAUACCAAAUGUACUUACGGUCCACACGGCGCCUCCGUCGGGUUAACAGAGAGCCGGGAAAAAACGGCAUGUCCCAAGCAGGCGGGUGAUACCAGGGAGGGACUUCGUCGUCCCGCAUGAGUGCCGCGUGACUCGGCGCACAAGAGCAUUUUGGUUCGGAAGAGCUGCCCCCGUGCUUCGUCGCCAGCUAUUUAUAGACUUUUCAAGUAAAUCAGAGGCCUCCAUCC